ACGCCAACGUGACAUUAAAGUUAAACUAUAUUUAUCAAUAACGAUGCGUAAACGUGACAUUAUUCGCCUUUGGAAUCAGGUUGUGGCCCAAACGGGCAUCGACAAAUACACGGACGGACAGUGGCAGGAAAUUUACGAAGAAUUCCUGAAAUCCAUGUACGAUAAGAAUGAACCUUAUAUAAGUGUUCAAAGUGUGGAAAAGUUAGUGGAUGAGCUUGAGGAGAAUAUGGAAAUUUCAAAAAGUUUGAAUACAAGCUCCGAUAUAGAUGAUGAACCGCUGUCGGCAUUAAAAAAUUGUCUGAAAGAUAAAAUCAAAGUGGAGCCAAUAAUUCCGUUAAGAAGAACCACGCGACGAUGUGUGGUUGACAAUAAUAAUUUUAAUCAGCAGUUGGCGGAUAUUAAAUUUAAAUCGAAGCAGCGGCAGAUGCAUUUGCAAACAGAGAUGGCAAAACACAAGGAUAAUGACGAUCUGUUAAUGUUAGGCACAAGCCCCAAACAGGAAAAGGCUCAAACAAAAAAAUCAACAAACAAUAACGCAACUAAAAAGAAGCGAAUAAACUCUGAAAACUUGACAAAACAAAACAAAGCAACUGCAAAACGAAUGCGCACACAAACUAAGCUCACAAUUGAAAAAGGGGACCAUAAGAUUGAUAAAAAUGAGAAACGACAAGUGCCUGGCAAAUCUAAUUUAGACAAAUUAAAGUCUAAGCCGCCUCGAAUUAGGCGAGCGAAAUCAAAGGCAGUAUAUGUUAGUGCUUCAGUUGAGUUCAUAGGAAAUCAGUUUUUUUUGUUACCACAGAUAAUGGCACCGACUGCUCACAUGCCACCCUCAGCCAUAAAUUUGACGCGAGGGCCAACUAUGAACAAUACUUCAAGCACAGAAGAAGCUGUAACUCUAGAAGUUGUUGAAGCGGAAGAUCUCAGUAGUCUAAUGAUAGUGACAGAGAGAGACAGCGAAAAAAACGAACCUGUUAAUGUUUACCAAGAAAAUGUUGAUUUCAAUCAAUUGUUGACUAAUGAUAAAUCUCUUGAUGUUGAUAUAUUCAAUUCAACACAAUAUCUUGACAAUUUGGCCAUCGAAUUGGAUUCAAUAUUACACAAUGAUCGCAGCUUAUGCGAUCAGAAUGCGGUGCUGCAAAAUGAUCCCAAAUUAACAAAGGAAUCCAUAGAUUUGCUUAAAGAAAUAGCCGAUCUUUCGCUUACAAAUGAUUUAUUUAUGUCUUCGGAGGCAUCUACAAACAGCUUAGCAACGAACUUUAAUUUAUUAGAACAGAAUACAAUGUUAGACGAUGAGCUUAACUUAACACAGGAAUCUAUAGAAAUAUUGCAGAAUAUCCACUCAAUGGAAAUAAGUCGAACGAUGCUACAAAAUGAUCUAUAUUUGUCCUCGGAGACAGGAUCAGAAAAUGCAUCGAUAGAACAUGAUCUCAACUUGACAAACUUAGCAGAUAAGAUUGCUUUGGUCGAGCAAGACAAUCUUAAAACGAUAAUACAACAGAAUAAGAAUAAUGACAAAACUCCCUUAGAGCAGGACGCGUUAUUGCAAGAUGAGCUUAAUUUCGAAAUCGACUCGGACUCGGAUGUCCUUUCAUUGAGCGCUUCCUGGGAUGGCGGCAUGGACGACAAUGAUGAGCGAAAUUCAAUUGUGAAUGAAAUGGAUAGGAAUGAAUCAGAUAUUGCUGCUUCAAUUGUUGACUCUAUGAGUCCAUUGACAGCACUUACUACGACUGCUGUUAGUCCAGAAGCUACAGCUCAUCCGGCAACUAAUGCUGUAGAAACCAACAUAUCACUUAAUGACUUGCGCAGCUUUCGUAUUCCCAAGAAAACGAAUAAUCCAAAGUUGUAGCUAGCUUGAGACGCUGCAGGA